AUGCGCAGCAGGAUGGUGUCAGGGCUCCUGUCCCGGGUGGCUGUGGUCCACCUGCUGCUGCUGCUGCUGCUGCAGGACACACAGUCAGUCUACAUUCAGCACCAAGGCUUCCAGGUCCAGCUGGAAUCAGUGAAGAGGUUGAGUGACCUGCAGGGGACGUGGGUGCCCAGCCCCCGCCUCCAGACCCAGAACCUCGUGCCCCCCGAGUGUCACCACCCGGCCCUGCCAACGGACCUCCAGCCCAUCUGCACGACCAGGGAAGCUGCCAGCAUCUUCAAGGCCUUGAAGGCCAUCGCCAGCGACGACUGUGAGCUGUGCGUGAACGUUGCCUGCACCGGCUGCCUCUGA